ACGCUAUUUUCGACCAUUUGCCUUCCUUACUUUUCUUAUGUUCUUUGUUCUCUCUUGUCUCCCACUCCGCCGAUCGCCAAUGCCCCGCCGCCACCCAAUUUUCUUUUCUGUUCUCUCAUAGCUUCAUCCUCUUGUGAGGCAUUUAGUUUCUCCCCUUCUUCUUCUCAACAAGGUACCAACACCUUACUCUUCCUUCUCCUCCCACUUCUUACACUCAUGUCUUACUUGUUUCGCAGAAUCCUUCUUCUUAGAUCUCCAUCGCCAGUCUUUUCUCAAGGAUUUUCCGAAAGUCCGUUGAAAUCUCUCAGAUACUUAUCGACUUCUUCGGAGAUUGUAUCAUCUCCCACAUCUGCUCCGUUGGCUUCUAAUGCUGUUCAGCUUAAGAAUAAACGGAAGGAUGUAUUUUCGUUCUUUGAGAAUCAUGGAUUCUCUGAAUCACAAAUCUCUGACCUUGACAAGAGGUAUCCUCAAAUUCUUUCUGCGAACCCCGAGAAAACCCUACUGCCCAAAUUGUUGUUUUUUCAAUCAAAAGGUCUUUCUUCCCCAGAGGUCACCAAAUUAGUAUGUUCGUUUCCUCGUGUCUUCAUAGGAAGUUUAAACAAACGAAUUAUUCCUAAUUUUAAUUACAUUCAAGCCGUGCUUGGAAGUGAGGAGAAGACUCUCGCUGCCAUAAAGCGCUUUGCGCGUAUUCUCGCUGGGGAUCUUCGACUUUCAGUUGGUCCCAAUAUUGAAAGUCUGAAACAAUUUGGAGUGCCGGAUUCAAAUAUUUUAAAAUAUCUUCAGUACCAGCCUAGACGUUUCUUGACAAAUUCCAUCCGAUUCAAGGAGACUGUAGAGAGAGCUACGGAAAUGGGAUUCAACCCUCAACAAAUGCAGUUUGUUGUUGCUGCUAAGGUUCUGCAAGAAAUAACCAAAUCUACAUGGGAUAAGAAGGUUGAAGUUUAUAGGAAAUGGGGAUUGUCUGAAGAAGAAAUCCGUUUAAUUUUUAGAAAGAAUCCACGGUGUAUGACAUUUUCUGAGGAUAAGAUUAAUGAUACAAUAGAUUUUUUUGUCAACAAAAUUGGAUGGGAAUCAUCUUUCAUUGCUAGAAGACCAACUUUAAUUACAUAUAGUCUGAAGAAGAGGAUUUUGCCUAGAGGCUAUGUUUAUCAAGUUUUGCAGUCAAAGGGUUUGAUUAAGAAACACGAGAAUCUUGUUUCGUUCUUUGAGUCUCCUGAAAACAGUUUCAUAGAAAAAUUCAUCAACCCUCAAAAGGAGCAGAUUCCUGGAUUGUUGGAGUUGUAUAAACAGAAAUUAAUGGAUUCUAGAAAAUGAAAAGGUUCGAUCACCUUGAAAUUUAACUGUUUUGUUAGUUGAUAUUAGUUGAUAUGUGUAGUGACAACUAAAAUUUAUAUAUGUUCAAGAGUAUGUGUUUCUACAUUAUCA